AUGGGAGAGGAAAACCAAACCUUUGUGGCUGAGUUUAUUUUCCUUGGCCUUUCCCAGGACUUGCAGACCCAGAUCCUGCUAUUUAUUCCUUUUCUCAUCAUUUAUCUUUUGACUGUGCUUGGAAACCUGCUCAUCAUCAUUCUCAUCUCCAUGGAUUCUCGACUUCACACUCCCAUGUACUUUUUUCUUAGAAACCUCUCUUUCGCAGGUCUCUGCUUCUCCACUAGCAUUGUCCCUCAAGUGUUGGUCCACUUCCUUGUAAAGAGGAAAACUAUUUCUUUUUUUGGGUGUAUGACACAGAUAAUUGUCUUCCUUCUGGUUGGGUGUACAGAGUGUGCACUGCUGGCAGUGAUGUCCUAUGACCGGUAUGUGGCUGUCUGCAAGCCCCUGCACUACUCCACCAUCAUGACCCAAAAGGUGUGUCUCCAGUUGGCCAUAGGCUCCUGGGCCAAUGGCGCACUAGUGUCUCUGGUGGAUACCACCUUUACUUUUCAACUACCCUAUCAAGGACAGAACAUUAUUAAUCACCACUUUUGUGAACCUCCUGCCCUACUGAAGCUGGCUUCAGCAGACAACACUUACAGCACAGAAAUGGCCAUCUUUGCAAUGGGUGUGGUCAUCCUCUUAGCUCCUGUCUGCCUGAUCCUUGUCUCCUACUGGAAUAUUAUCUCCACUGUGAUCCAGAUGCAGUCUGGAGAGGAGAGGCUCAAAGCUUUCUCUACCUGUGGCUCCCAUCUCACUGUUGUUGUCCUCUUCUAUGGCUCAGCAAUAUUUGCCUACAUGCAGCCAAACUGCAAGACCACAAGGACCACAAAAGAACAGGAUAAAAUGAUAUCUGUGUUCUAUACAGUGGUGACUCUGAUGUUGAACCCCAUAAUUUAUAGCCUGAGAAACAAGGAUGUCAAAGGGGCUCUCUGA